AUGGGUGAUAAGAACACAAAAUUCUUUUAUGCUUGUGCCAAUCAAAGGAAAAAGAGAAAUAAGAUUUUAUCUGUUGAAGAUGGCCAAUCAAUACUGAGAAAGGAUCAAAAGGGUGUUGCUGAAGCUUUUAAGGAUCAUUUUGAGGGAGUGUUUAAAACUGAAAACCCUCCCAACCUCUUAAUAGAAGAAUGUUUAAGGCAACUUGACUCUAGAGUUACUAGUAGCAUGAAUGAAGCAUUGCUGAAACCUUUUGUGAGAGAAGAGGUCGAGAUAGCUCUGAAGCAGAUGGGGCCAUAUAAGUCUCCUGGCCCUGAUGGUUACAAUGCAUGCUUUUAUCAAGGCUGUUGGAACACAGUAGGAGAGAAUGUAUGUGAAGCAGCCCUGGAUUUCUUGAAUGGAGAUAACAUCAUAGCUGCUUAUGAGGCUUUACACUCAAUGAGGACUAGAUUGAAGGGGAGAGUGGGAUGCAUGGCGGUAAAACUGGACAUUUCAAAGGCCUAUGAUAGGGUUGAAUGGCCCUUUCUAGAGGCAGUGAUGAAGAAGCUUGGGUUUGGUGCUAGAUGGAUUGAAUUGAUAAUGACAUGCAUAAACUCAGUUUCAUAUGCUGUUCUUGUUAAUGGUAGCCCUGGAAGUGUGAUAAAGCCUACAAGGGGCCUAAGCAAAAAUGGAAGAAAGGAAGAGUGGGACCAGAUCUUAAAAGACUUGGGAGCAAGAGUGCAAAACAACUAUGAGAGGUAUUUAGGCUUGCCUAUAAUGGUAGGUAGGUCAAAAUAUAAUACUUUUAGAGGUAUAAAAGACAGGAUAUGGUUGAAGAUCAGUAAUUGGAAGAACCAGUUUCUAUCACCAGCAGGGAAGGAAGUCCUGUUAAAGGCUGUUAUCCAAGCAAUACUGACCUACCAUAUGAGUGUCUUUGCUCUUCCUAAGAGGCUAUGCAAAGAAAUAGCUGCUUUAAUGUCAAGAUUCUGGUGGAGUCAUGGGCAAAAUGAAAAGAAGAUACAAUGGUGGAGUUGGAAGAAGAUGGGAUUGGCAAAAACUAGUGGUGGGUUGGGCUUCAGAGAGCUGGAGAGUUUCAACAGAGCUCUCUUAGCAAAACAAUGUUGGAGAAUUCUUACAAAUCCCAACUCAAUUGCAACCAAAGUUCUAAAAGAUAAGUACCAUAGAAAAACUGAGGUGCUGGAGGCAAGCUUAGGCAGAGGACCUUCUCUGAUCUGGCGAAGUCUGAUGGGAUCUAUGGAACUAUUAAAUGAGGGACUUGUUUGGAGGGUUGGAAAUGGGCAAAAUAUUCAGAUAUGGAGAGAUAAAUGGGUACCUAAGCAGUCUUCUUACAUGAAUCAAUCACCAAAUCAGUUUCUAAAUAAGGAAGCAAAAGUCGCAGAGUUAAUUGAUGAAGGAAAAAGGGGAUGGAAUGAGGAUCUGGUUAGAAAAGUCCUUUGUGAAGAAGAAGCAGACCUGACAAGCACAAACUACCCUACAGGUCUGGCCAGGAAGAUACAGUUUGAUAGAGGUCGGGUGAGGUGGAUCGCACCCAGGGAAGGUGAAGUGAAGAUAGAUUGGGAUGCAGCUUUUGACCAAAAAGAGAAAAGGAUGGGGGCUGGUGUGAUAAUUCGAGAUGUUGAAGGGGAAGUCCUUGCAGCUUUGAGUAUGCCAAGAUCGAAUAUACCUUCUCCAGGAAUGGCUGAAGUAAAUGCUUUGUGGAGAGCACUGCAGUUGAGUGCUGAGUUAGGAAUAGAGCAUGCUACUUUUGAAGGGGAUGCUUUGGAAAUUAUAAGGGGAGUAAAUAAUAAAGAUGAGAAUUGGGAAUGGAAUGGCCAGAAGGUGGAGGACAUCAAAACAAUCCUUGCAAACAGAUCUUUUUGGAAGGUCCAACACACUUAUAGGGAAGGAAACAAGGUAGCUGAUUUGUUAGCAAAAUUUGCUUUUUCUGUAGAUGAAGAAAAGGUUUGGAUAGAAGAUGGCCCUGAGGGUCUUUACAGCUUUGUAAUACAGGACAAAAUUGUAAUGUCUGAGUUUAAAUGA